AUGCUCGCGCGCUACCUGGAGCAACAAGCAGCUGUCUCAGCAGCGCUGAGCUGCGCAGAAAUCCGAAGGAAUGCGAGAGAAAUCGACACUCUGGAUAACGCUGAUAUAUCCGAUGUAGAAGACAUAGUAAAACUGCUUAAGCCACUGAAGACCGCCACAACAGUUCUUUGUGAUGAAAAAGAGCCCACUGUUUCACUUAUAAUGCCACUUAAGCACAUGAUCGAGCAAAGCAUGUCACCAGAUGAAAAUGACACACAGACCAUCGCCAGCAUGAAAAGCGCCAUCCUACUUGACAUCACGGGCCGUUACUCUGGGGACUGUAAUGACAUGUUGCAGGAGUGCGCAGCGCUUGACCCACGAUUCCGAAGCCUCUCCCACCUGAAUGAUGAACAACGUGAGUCCGUCUAUGCGAGGAUACGGGAAAAAGCUUCAGGACUUCAUGUGCAACGCAACAAGACCAGUGACACUGAUGAAAAAACUAGGGCCAGUGCUUCAACAUCAGGGUCUGCAGCAGAGCGGGUCUUUGUCAUGGCUGAGGCAGCACAGGGAGCAGAGCAGAGCCAGGAAGAGCCAGUAGAACAAGAAAGGCAGAUGCAGGACGUGAUCCAGCCUCCCCCACCAAAGAAGACAGCGCUAGAAGAUCUCCUUGGGAGCUCCUACACCACUGUUGAGGCAGUGCAGUCCAGCAGAGGGAUUGAAAUGGAGAUACUCUCCUACAGAAAUGGGAUUCCUAUCCCACUUAACAGUAGUCCACUUGAGUGGUGGAAAGUGAAUGCAUAUGCUUACCCCAUACUUGCCCCUUUUGCCAAAGCCUACCUUUGCAUUCCUGCUACAUCAGUGCCCAGCGAGCGUGUCUUUUCUACAGCAGGAGACAUUGUGUCUGCUCAAAGAUCACUGAUUACACCAGAACAUGUUGAUAUGUUAGUUUUUCUGAAGAAGAACCAGUGCUAG